UCUAUCCCUCGCAGUUGGUCUUCUUUGUUCAUAUAUAUUCAUCUUUCUCUCUCUAGAAAUCCCUCGUCUCCUCCUCCUCCCCUCGACAUAUAUAUACACACACACGAAAAUUUCAUCCUCAUACUAUAAAAGACUCGAUCUUUUGAAUUUCUUACCGCUCUAUUGUUGUUUUCCCCUCUCUUUUCUUAACGAUUGUUGAACGGACACGAGGAGGAUAUUGUAAGCCCCAGAUCCUUCGAAUUCACUUGUGUGAAGGUGGUAAAUUUUGCUCAAAAUUCGAAAGAGCAGGUAAUUUUGUUUGAUGGCAGAUCCUCAAGGGUUGGAAGGGAGCCAACCAGUUGAUCUCUCCAAGCAUCCCUCGGGAAUUGUUCCAACUCUCCAGAAUAUUGUGUCAACAGUCAAUUUGGACUGCAAAUUGGAUCUUAAAGCUAUAGCGCUGCAAGCUCGUAAUGCUGAAUACAAUCCCAAGCGUUUUGCUGCUGUGAUUAUGCGGAUUAGAGAACCAAAAACAACCGCUCUAAUUUUUGCAUCUGGAAAGAUGGUUUGUACAGGAGCCAAGAGUGAACAACAGUCAAAAUUGGCUGCUCGAAAGUAUGCUAGAAUCAUUCAGAAGCUUGGUUUUCCAGCCAAGUUUAAGGAUUUCAAGAUUCAGAACAUUGUUGGUUCUUGUGAUGUAAAAUUCCCCAUUCGACUUGAAGGGCUUGCCUAUGCUCAUGGUGCCUUUUCAAGUUAUGAGCCGGAACUCUUCCCUGGAUUAAUCUAUCGGAUGAAACAACCGAAGAUUGUGCUGCUGAUUUUUGUAUCCGGAAAGAUUGUUCUCACGGGUGCUAAGGUCAGAGAUGAGACAUAUACUGCCUUUGAGAAUAUAUACCCAGUUCUCACUGAAUUUCGUAAAGUUCAGCAAUGAUUUAUAAGAAGUUGGGUAUUGCCUAAAGGGCGACGAGGAGUUGAAGAGCACCGUCAACUGCCUGUGCUGGUUCGAGUUUACAUGUAAAUUCUUGUAGUGAUUAGAUUAUCUAUAAGUUAAACUAUGGUAGUUAGAUUGAAGUGAGUGAUAUUUUUCGCAGGGGAUUUUGAACUGUAUUUGUACCACAACACAUAACAAAGUUGUUUUGAGAGAUGGAGAGGCUAAUAAACUAUAGUGGUUUAUAAUUGCAAACUCAAAAACUAUUUAAGCUUAUGUUCAUUAAAAAAUGCAUCUUCUCUUUUUGUGUUC